AUGAAGUUUUCUGACUUAAAAUCCCUAUCGGAUGUGAUGACGGCUCUUCCCGAUGAAAAGUCGGCUGCGAAUCUUCUGUUCAAUGAAGGGUUGAUUAAGAACAACGUCAACUGCUCAAAAUGCGGAAAUCCAAUGCAGUUAAGAAGUCGAGCAAAUGGAUAUGAAUGGAGGUGCAGAAGUUCCAAGAGCAAAGAUUGCUCCAGUGAAAGUAUUCGUCACGGAUCAUUCUUCGCGAGAACCAAAUUGACGCUCUUACAGGCAAUAAAAGUUAUUGUUCUUUGGAAACAAAAAAACUCUGCAAAGCAGAUUUCGAAAGAAGUUGGAAUAUCAGAACAGACUGUUUGUGAUUGGCGAAACUUCUUGAGAGAAAUUUGCACUUCGAUCGAGCUCUCGUAUGGAAAGCUUGGGGGUAUCGAUCGUACCACUGGAAGAGUAGCAAAAAUUCUUGUCCCACUACUGCAAGCAUCCGUCGAUAAAAACUCGAUCGUCUACAGCGAUGAGAGGAAGAGUUACUCGCAAUUAAAGCACUACUUCAGCGAACAUUGCACUGUUUGCCACAAAAUACAGUUUGUCAAUAUCGUUGGAUCGCGUCGCGUGUGCACCAAUGGCGUAGAAGCCAUGGGGAGCCGGCUAAAAGCACCGUUCAAAUCCGGGAAGGGGACAAGGCAAACACUCUUGGACAGCUACAUAUCUGAGUUUUUUGUUCGUGAGAACGAAAAGGACGACUUUUUCAGCAAGGUUUUGGACGAGAUGAAAUCUAAAGUUAUUUAA